GUGUGUCUGCAGAUGCGGAGCUCAAGAGUUGUAGGAAAGGUCCCUGAGUCUCACUCCUGUGUUGUCACUGUGUUGUCACUGUGCUCUGCAGUCGGGAGCUGGACGGCUGUAGGAAAAGUCCCUGAGUCUCACUGUGUUGUCACUGUGCUCUGCAGUCGGGAGCUGGACGGCUGUAGGAAAGGUCCCUGAGUCUCACUGUGUUGUCACUGUGCUCUGCAGUCGGGAGCUGGACGGCUGUAGGAAAGGUCCCUGAGUCUCACUGUGUUGUCACUGUGCUCUGCAGUCGGGAGCUGGACGGCUGUAGGAAAGGUCCCUGAGUCUCACUGUGUUGUCACUGUGCUCUGCAGUCGGGAGCUGGACGGCUGUAGGAAAGGUCCCUGAGUCUCACUGUGUUGUCACUGUGCUCUGCAGUUGGGAGUUGGACGGCUGUAGGAUAGGUCCCUGAGGCGAGAUGGCCAUCUCUACUCAACUGGGCUUACUGCUGUGGAAGAACUUCACCUACAGACGGAGACAGACACUCCAGCUAGUUAUCGAGAUAAUAUGGCCGCUCUUCAUCUUCUUCAUCCUCAUAUCUGUGAGGAUGCAUUACCCGCCCUACGAGCAACAUGAAUGCCAUUUCCCUAACAAGGCCAUGCCCUCGGCGGGCACCUUGCCCUGGGUGCAAGGGAUCAUCUGUAACGCCAACAACCCCUGCUUCCGCCACCCCACACCAGGAGAGACCCCAGGGCUGGUGGGCAACUUCAACGAUUCUAUAAUCUCCCGCCUGUUCAUCGAUGCCAAGAAGAUCCUCCUCUACAGCCAGAAUGACAAGAGCUUCGAGGGCUACAAAGUUCUGGUGCGGGCUCUGAGGAAACUACAGAGCAACACGGCAGGUUUCAAGCUGAAGGACUUUCUCCGCGAUAAGGAGACCUUAUCGUCGUUCCUGCAUCGCAACGCCUCCCUAUCCCAUCAUGCCGUCCAGCAGAUUGUAGAGGCUGACCUCAACCUAGAGAAGGUCCUGAUUGGAGGUUUCGGCGUCCAUCUUAGAGAUAUGUGUAACACCACUUCUCUGGAGGAGUUUGUGACCAUCUCCGACAAUAAUGUGUCACGGCUCACUCAAGACAUCAUCUGCAAGGCCUCCCCUGAUUGGCUGAACAAGGCCCAGGACCACUUCCUGUCCAACCUGGACUUCCUAAAACCCAUACGGAAGGAUGUGAAGUCCGACCCUGAGGUCGUCCAGAAGGUAUCCGUGGCAACCGACGGUCUGCUAGAGAGCUUGGGAGCGCUGGCUGUAGAGCUGGCCAGUAUGAAGAGUUGGAAGGAGAUGCGUAACGAGAUCCAUUACCUGACGGCCAACGCCACAGGCUCCCCCAGCCACAUGUACCAGGCCGUGUCCCGUAUCGUCUGUGGCCACCCCGAGGGCGGUGGACUGAAGAUCAAGUCCCUCAACUGGUACGAGGACAACAACUACAAGGCCCUGUUCGGUAACCAUGGCGGCAACGGCAGCGACGACGAACCCGUGUCCGCCUACGACAACACCUCAACUCCGUACUGUAACAGCAUGAUGAGGAGUCUGGAAGCUAGCCCCAUCUCCAGGAUGAUCUGGAGGGCCCUGAAGCCUCUCCUCAUGGGAAAGAUCCUCUACACCCCCGACACUCCCGCCACACAGAGGAUCAUACACGAGAUGAACAAGACGUUCCAGGAGCUGGGUAUCCUGAGGGACCUGGGUGGGAUGUGGGAGGAGAUGAGGCCUAAAGUCUGGACCUUCAUGGAGAGCAGUGAGGAGAUGGACCUGGUUCGGACACUGCUUCAGAACAACGCCAGCGCCCGCUUCUUUAACGACCGUCUGGCUGGCACAGAGUGGAAGGCGGAGGACGUGUCCCGCUUCCUGACCAAGACUGCGGAGGACAAACGCCCCGCCGGCUCGGCCUACACCUGGAGAGAGGUGUUCAACGAGACCGACGACGCUAUCAAGACCAUCUCCCGCUUUAUGGAGUGUGUGAACCUGGAUAAACUAGAGCCAGUGGCCAAUGAGGAAAGACUGGUCAACAAAUCCAUGGGUCUCCUAGACAACCAGAAGUUCUGGGCUGGGAUAGUGUUCCCGGACAUCGCCCGUAGCAACAGUUCUGACCUGCCGGGUAACGUCAACUACAAGAUCCGCAUGGACAUUGACAAUGUGGAGCGCACCAACAAGAUCAAGGACGGUUACUGGGACCCUGGUCCCCGGGCCGACCCCUUUGAGGACCUGCGCUACAUCUGGGGUGGUUUCUCCUACCUGCAGGACGUUAUAGAACAGGGCAUCGUCAGGGCGGUGACGGGCAGUAAGGAGAAGACUGGAGUCUACAUCCAACAGAUGCCUUACCCCUGCUACGUAGACGACAUGUUCCUGCGGGUGAUGAGUCGCUCCAUGCCUCUCUUCAUGACCCUGGCCUGGAUGUACUCUGUGGCCCUCAUCAUCAAGGGCGUGGUCUAUGAGAAGGAGGCGCGGCUCAAAGAGACCAUGAGGAUCAUGGGAUUGGACAACGGCAUCCUGUGGCUCAGCUGGUUCAUCAGCAGCCUCAUCCCCCUGCUCAUCUCCGCCUCGCUGCUGGUGGUCAUACUCAAGAUGGGGAACCUGCUUCCCUACAGCGACCCUUGCGUGGUCUUCCUGUUUCUGGCUUCCUUUGCUGUGGUAACCAUCAUGCAGUGCUUCCUCAUCAGUACCAUCUUCUCCCGUGCCAACCUGGCGGCGGCCUGCGGAGGAAUCAUCUACUUCACCCUCUACCUGCCCUAUGUCCUCUGUGUAGCCUGGCAGGACUACGUGGGUUUCGGGGCUAAAGUCAUUGUGAGCCUGUUGUCCCCGGUGGCGUUUGGGUUCGGCUGUGAGUACUUUGCCCUGUUUGAGGAGCAGGGAGUGGGAAUCCAAUGGUCCAACCUGUUGUCCAGCCCCUUGGAGGAGGACAGCUACUCCCUCACCACCUCCAUCUGUCUCAUGCUGUUUGACUCCUUCCUCUACGGGGUCAUGACCUGGUACAUCGAGGCUGUCUUCCCUGGCCAGUAUGGGAUCCCCAGACCCUGGUACUUCCCCUUCACCAAGUCCUACUGGUGUGGAGAGAAACAAGGGAAGAAUAUGCAAGAAAGAAAGGAAGGAAACGCAGAAGCUGUGUGCAUCGAAGAGGAGCCGUCUCACAUCGAGCCUGGUGUUUACAUCAAGAACCUAGUGAAGGUAUAUAGCCAUGGCAACAAGCUGGCUGUAGACGGGUUGACCCUGGGUUUCUACGAGGGGCAGAUCACCUCCUUCCUGGGGCACAACGGAGCCGGCAAGACCACUACCAUGUCCAUCCUGACGGGUCUGUUCCCGCCCACCUCUGGCACCGCCUACAUCCUGGGCAAGGACAUCCGCUCGGAGCUCAGCGCCAUCCGACAGAACCUGGGCGUCUGCCCUCAGCACAACGUUCUCUUCAGCAUGCUGACGGUGGAGGAGCACAUCUGGUUCUAUGCCCGUCUGAAGGGUCUGUCUGAGGAGAAGGUGAAGGCUGAGAUGGAGCAGAUCGUCAACGACAUCGGCCUGCCUCACAAACGCCAGUGUCGUAGCAACACGCUGUCCGGGGGCAUGCAGAGGAAACUGUCAGUGGCGUUGGCGUUCGUUGGAGGGUCAAAGGUCGUGAUCCUGGAUGAACCCACUGCUGGAGUCGACCCCUACGCACGCCGGGGCAUUUGGGACCUGCUUCUGAAGUAUCGUGCAGGCCGCACCAUCAUCCUCUCAACUCACCACAUGGACGAGGCGGACAUCUUGGGCGACCGCAUCGCCAUCAUCUCCCACGGCAAGCUGUGCUGCGUGGGCUCCUCCCUGUUCCUGAAGACCCAGCUGGGGACGGGGUACUACCUGACCCUGGUGAAGAGAGACUUCGACCUGACCCUCAGCUCCUGUAGGAACUCCUCCAGCAGCAGCUCUGUCUCCUACAGCAAGAAGGUGGGCCUCCCUCAGCCGCAACCUCAGGCCCUCACAGUCCUAAAGGGGGACAGUGUUUCUGAGAGCAGCUCUGAUGCUGGACUGGGUAGUGAACCUGAGAGUGAAGCCACCACUAUUGACGUAACCAUGAUCUCCAAUGUGAUCUUCAAGCACGUCCCCGCUGCCAGGCUGGUUGAGGACCUGGGCCAUGAACUCACCUACGUUCUGCCCUACAAGGCGGCCAAAGGCGGAGCCUUCGUGGAACUCUUCCACGAGAUCGACGACCGCCUGUCUGACCUCGGCAUCUCCAGCUACGGCAUCUCAGACACCACCCUGGAAGAGAUUUUCCUGAAAGUAGCAGAGGACAGUGGAGUGGACGCUGCUGAACUUCCCAAAUCUGAUGGCACCAUCCCGGCUCGUAGGCACCGCAGACACGCAUUCGGAGACCACCAGAGCUGUCUGAAACCCUUCACCGAGGACGACGCUUUCGACUUCAACGACUCAGAAGGUGACCCAGAAUCUCGUGAGACGGACUGGCUGGGAGGCUCGGAUGGUAAAGGCUCGUACCAGGUCAAAGGCUGGCGUCUGAUUAGACAGCAGUUUGUGGCGUUGAUAUGGAAACGCUUCCUGUAUGCCCGGCGCUCCAGGAAAGGCUUCUUCGCUCAGAUCGUGCUUCCUGCUGUGUUUGUGUGCAUCGCCCUCGUCUUCAGUCUCAUCGUCCCUCCGUUUGGAAAGUACCCCAGUCUAGAGCUGGAGCCUGGCAUGUAUGAAGAACAGUUCACCUUCAUCAGCAACGACGCCCCUGAGGAUGCAGACACUAACAAGCUGUUGGGUGCCCUGACAAACUAUGAUGGCUUUGGUUCACGCUGUAACUCACCUCAUGCUCCUUGCAACACGUUGGAUGAUGAGUGGGCCGCUCCUGAGGUACCGGAGAGUGUGAGGGACAUCUUUAUGAAUGGCAACUGGAGUAUGGAAAACCCCUCUCCUCUGUGUGAGUGCAGCUGUGAAGGACGCAAGAAGAUGCUACCUGAAUGCCCAGCGGGAGCUGGUGGUCUGCCUCCUCCACAGGUGAAAAUCAGUGACAAAGGUACCCUGCAAAAUCUGACUGGCAGAAAUAUCUCAGAUUACCUGGUCAAAACCUAUGCUCAGAUUAUCGGGAAAAGUUUGAAGAACAAAAUCUCGGUCAAUGAAUUCAGAUAUGGUGGAUUCUCAUUGGGCGCUAGGAACACUCAGCUCCUCCCACCAGGUGAUGAUAUUGAUCAGGCCAUCUCUGAGAUCAGACGACGCUUCCACCUGGAAAGAGGGACUGCUGCUGACCGUUUCCUUGCCAGCUUAUCCAGUUUUAUCCAGGGACUGGACACUAAGAACAACGUCAAGAUCUGGUUCAACAACAAGGGGUGGCACAGCAUCGGGUCUUUCCUGAACGUGAUGAACAACGGAAUCCUGCGCGCCAGCCUGCCCGCCGGCCAGGACUCCAGCAAGUAUGGCAUCCGUGCCUUCAACCACCCACUCAACCUCACCAAGGAGCAACUGUCCCAGGUCGCACUGAUGACCACCUCUGUGGACGUGCUGGUGUCCAUCUGCGUGAUCUUCGCCAUGUCUUUCGUCCCGGCCAGCUUCGUAGUCUUCCUCAUCCAGGAGAGAGUGAACAAGGCCAAACACAUGCAGUUCAUCAGUGGGGUGCAGCCCUUCCUCUAUUGGGUGUCAAACUUCAUCUGGGACAUGUGUAACUACAUCGUCCCUGCUACUCUGGUCAUUAUCAUCUUCAUCUGCUUCCAACAAGACGCCUACGUCUCCUCCACCAACCUGCCUGUACUGGCCCUGCUGCUGCUGCUCUAUGGGUGGUCCAUCACGCCCCUGAUGUACCCGGCGUCCUUCUUCUUUAAGAUCCCCAGCACGGCCUACGUGGUGCUCACCUCCGUCAACAUCCUCAUCGGCAUCAACGGCAGCGUCUCCACCUUCGUCCUCGAGCUCUUCGGCAGCAACGAGAUCGGCGGGAUCAACGACAUCCUGAAGAACGUGUUCCUGAUCUUCCCUCACUUCUGUCUGGGCCGAGGCCUCAUCGACAUGGUGAAGAACCAGGCCAUGGCCGACGCUCUGGAGAGAUUUGGUGAGAACCGGUUCCGUUCCCCUCUGGCGUGGGACAUGGUGGGCAAGAACCUGUUCGCCAUGGCUGUGCAGGGCGUGGUCUUCUUCACUAUCACCGUGCUCAUCCAAUACCGCUUCUGUAUCAAGGCCAGAUCUUUGCGCACCGACCAGAAACCUAUCGGUGAGGAGGAUGAAGACGUGGCCAGAGAGAGGCAAAGGAUUCUGGGAGGAGGGGGACAGUCUGACAUUCUGGAACUCAAGCAGCUGACCAAGGUGUACAAUAGAAAACAGAAACCAGCAGUGGAUCGUCUUUGUGUGGGAAUUCCUCCAGGAGAGUGUUUUGGUCUGCUUGGAGUCAACGGAGCAGGAAAGACGAGCACCUUCAAGAUGCUGACUGGAGACUCAAUAGUCACGAGUGGAGAAGCUUACCUGGCAGGAAAGAGUGUGUUGACGGAGAUAAACGAGGUGCACCAGAACAUGGGCUACUGCCCUCAGUUUGAUGCUAUCAACGACCUGCUGACUGGCAGGGAGCACCUUGAGUUCUACGCCAUCCUGAGGGGGGUUCCCGAGAAGGAAGUGUGUGAGGUUGCAGAGUGGGGCAUCCGUAAACUAGGCCUGAUCAAGUAUGUGGACAAGGCAGCAGGGAGCUACAGUGGAGGGAACAUGAGGAAACUCUCCACGGCCAUGGCACUGAUCGGUGGUCCCCCGGUGGUCUUCCUGGACGAGCCCACCACUGGUAUGGACCCAAAGGCCAGACGGGCUCUGUGGAACUGCAUUCUCAGUAUCGUCAAGGAGGGGCGAUCGGUGGUUCUCACCUCGCACAGUAUGGAGGAGUGUGAGGCCCUGUGUACGCGGAUGGCCAUCAUGGUCAAUGGGAGGUUCCGCUGCCUGGGCAGCGUACAGCACUUAAAGAACAGAUUUGGGGAUGGCUACACCAUCAUCCUCCGGGUGGCAGGACCAGACCCGGACCUGAGGCCGGUGAUGGAGUUUAUUGAGAAGGAGCUUCCAGGAAGCACUCUGAAGGAGAAGCACAGGAACAUGCUGCAGUAUCAGCUGUCCUCCUCCAAAACCUCCCUGGCACGCAUCUUCAGCAUCCUGGCCAAGAACAAGGAGUGGUUGCACAUUGAGGACUACUCUGUUUCCCAGACAACACUAGAUCAAGUGUUUGUCAAUUUCGCCAAGGACCAAAGUGACGAGGACCACUUAAAAGACAUUUCCGUGCACAAGAGAGACGCGGUGGCAGUGGACAUUACUCAGCUCAAGUCUUUCCUCACAGACGAGAAGGCCAGGGAGAGCUGUGUGUGAAUCCAAGGCUGCACCUGAAGUGGAACUCUAUUCCCUACAUAGUGCGCUACCUUCGACCAAAGCCCUGGUCAAAAAAGUGCGCUAUGUAGGGUAUAGGGUGCCAUUUUGGACGCACCCUGUGUCUGUUCCUAUCCCUCUCCCAGAUUAACUGCUGAGGCCCCUGUAGAUGGGUCAUUCUGGAGAGGAGGGUUUUCUACUUUAUUGUAGUGUUCUUUUAAUUAUUUAUCAGUGGACUGCCCAGGGUUAGCGUUCUUUGUAGGGCGACACGAGAACGAGUGGCAGAAGUUCAACACUGAAACUCAAUGCAAAUCAAUGCAAAUCAAUGCAAAUCAAUAAAGAUGAUACAAUCCCAUGAAGUGUUCUCCGAGGAACAGCCUUGUGCCCCUCGCUAGCUAGAUUGAAAAGACUGAAAGACUUGAAUACACUUCAAAGUUGUACCCCAGGCAGAGCAUGAAGAGUACACAGUUUCUGUGUGCUCACUCGACCAGGAUCAGCGACACGCUCGACAAUGUAAAAAGAAGGAAGUUCCAAUCAACUGCCAACCGACAGUCAUUUUGAUUCAAAGUCUAUUUUCUCUCCCUCGCUUUGUUACCAUGAAAAGUACUUUUUUUUAUGAACUGGAAGAACAAGAACCAAUUCCAACGAUAGUCCAAUCCCAAAUAAAAUACAUUUUGAAUACAGCAUAUUGAUCAAUUUAGUUUUGCAUCUGAAAAAAUGGAACUUAAUGGUGUUUUGUUUAAAAAGAUUAAUGUUUUGUCGUUGUUGUCAUGACGCCCAGCACAGUGCCUGCAAUCGUGGUGGAGAUAAUGUUAACACUCCAAAAGAGAGGCCAUGGAAUGUUCUGGAAUGACAAAGCAAAAAGAUCGGAGCUUCUUUAGAACCCUGAAGGGAUGUCAGAGAGACCUUAUUGUCAGAUUACUGCUUUAAAUGUACUGUACUAUGGCAGUGAGGCGUCAAUUUCUGUACUUCUGUAUGUGAAUGUGCAGUCUGAUAAUGACAAAGGUUGUUUAUUAGCUAACAAUCAUCCGUCUGACAUUUGUGACAGGUUUUCUGAAGUGUGAGGAUGGAACUAAAUUUCAUGCUUUCUAACAGCGUAGAUAGGACCUGUACGGUAUGUGUGCAAAAGCAUAAUCCCUCUAAGACAGGCAUAAUGGACUAAAGAGAUGGGCUGUUGUUGUUGGACAACCUACUGGGUUUUCCCCCUCGGCAGGCUUCAAGAUUCUGUGUUUAAAAAGCGGUAUUACUAACAUGACCACGGGAGAAAUGUGACUGCGUAUUCAUUUUUUUCUUCAUCUUCAUUUAUAUAUGUAUUGUGAAGUCACAGGUUAACAGUGACAGGAGAACAGACGUUGAUGAGAUAUAUCUUCAAUAUAGAAUAUAUAUAUAUCUGAAUAUGUGUCGUUCAGUAAACACUGUCACCAGUGCCAAAACGUUGAGUCAACAUUGUGUUGAGGUUGAGUCGUGGGCGGGCGGCUUAUUUGUACACUUUUACUUGUCUUUUUCCUUGAACAGCUGACUUCCUGUAGUUCAGCCACCAUCUUUGGGGUUUUUCACCGAGCACGUGGCUACACAUGGAGGCUGGGUCUCACGUGUUGCUCACAAACGAUCCAAUCAUCAUUGUACUUUCUGUUGCAAUUGCCACGGUCCUUCUUGUGCAUUAUUAUUCCUGACCAUAACCCCAAAUGUACACCUCCCUCUUUUGUAACUCCCGGUGUUGUAUUUACUGACACACAACAAGUAUGCCAUAGUUACACCAGCAGUCUGCCAUAUUAACAUACAAACGUAGGGCCAAACAAACACGAUAAAAGGCAACAGUCGAACACCAGUCGAAUUGAGAGGGACCAGACCAAUAAAGUGCCACUGUUUUGGUUACGUUACGAUGAAUACUACGUUCAUGCGGACAGAAUAGCUGAUGACACAAAGAUGUGAUGUGGACGCCUCCUAGCACUUUAUAUAAGUUGUCUAUGUAAUCUAAUCUACACAGUACAGGAUUUACACUGGAAUAGCCCCAGAUUUCAGAAGACACACCUGAAACUACAAUGCAUUUUGUUUGUUCCAUGACAAAAAAGAAGGAAAAAAAACUAUUUGGAGGAGAAAGUGUCCAACAGUACCAUGGUAGUUAUUUUCUUGUGUUUGAAUAUUAUAUGUUUACAUUUGAAGUAUUAAAAAUGUUGUUUGUGUCUGUUAUUUGUUGUGUACAGUACUUAUUUACAUUAAUAAAAAUUGAUACAUUUUGAA